AUGGAUGGAAGCAACAAGCGAAGUUUGGAUGGCGGAGAGGACGUCGAUGACGAUGACAAAAAACCUGCCGCCAAGGACUUGGGAGACGCUACCGCUCCGCCCAAACGAAAACGAAAGAGUGAUGGCAAACCCGAAAAGACCAAUCACCAGGAGCGCUGGCAGGGAAUGUACGAUCGCCUCGUUGCCUACAAGGCUCGUUUUGGAGACACAAGCGUUCCCAAUCGCUACCCGGAGGACCCCCAGCUUGGCUCAUGGGUGUCUGCUCAACGUCGAGCAUACAAGACAAUCACCGAAGGUGGAACGGGGUCGUCUGCCAUGACAUUGGAACGAGCCAACAAACUCAAAGAGUUGGACUUUGAGUGGGAGGCAAUCAACCCCAACAAUGUACCGUGGGAAACUCGUUACAAGGAACUGUGUGCGUUUGUGGCCAAGUAUGGACACGCCAACGUUCCAAUGCGAUGGAAGGAGAAUGUUCAGCUCUCAAAUUGGGUUUCCAAGCAGCGCCACGACUUUAAGCUAUUGCAACGAGGGACAUCGUCUCGGUUGACUCAGAAGCGGAUGGAAUUGCUGAAUAAUAUAAACUUUGUGUGGGAAGUGGAACGAGGCUCCUCCAUAGCACAAUUGCAGCGUGUUGCAGUGGUUGGAUUGCCCAACCGGAAGGGAAGCAAAGCCAAAAAGCAGGCUGCCAAACUCCUGGAUCUCAAGAAUGAAGAGGCAAAGGACCAGGCAGCCAACGCAGGAUCACCAUCUUCAAUGGCUGUGGCAACUGGAGACGGUGGUGGGGGGGAGAUGCAAGCGGCCGUGAAAACACCGACAGGUACACAACAACACGGACAUGCCGCCUCUGCGGUCGCCUCGCUUCCCGCUUCUGGUCCCCACGCUAGGCCUUUCUCGUCAAUCCCGGCUCGGCUGGGAGGUAAUUUACCGUGUCUUGCUGGCACAAGUGGUAACCUAGUUGCAGGACACUCUGCUGGCAAGGGAGUACAGCCAACUGACGAUGGCCAUGGGGCAUACACCGUGCCCCCAGCCGAAGGAGACAAUGGCGGAGCCACCGCCUUGAACAAUAUUGGCUCUCUCCUCGCCUCUCAAUUUGCUAUUAGCGGUGCUGGUGCUCCUGGUUCCGCCCCACCCCCUUUAGCUAAUGCAGCGUCAAUUCUUCAUAAUGCCAACCUUGCCACAGGCACUUCCUCUGUCACGGACCCAAAUCUUCUCCUGUGGCAAGCUCUGCAGUCAGAGCAACAACCACAGACAGUUAUACUACCAAUCCUGACACUCUUGCCUACAAACCUUGGUAUCGGGACGCAGUCGAGCAUCCCUCUGGCAACGUUGCUUCAAGCUUUGCAAGGGCCCAACAACAAUCUCCAACCCUCACAGGCGAAUAAUGCUGCACUAGCGGGCCUCCUUGGCGGCGUUGGUGUUGGUGGAACAGCUUCGUCUGUGGGUGUUGCCGGCAAUGGCUUGGCAGUGGGUUUGGGUGGUGGAUCUGGAAGCUUCAACACCGCCUCCUCCCUCCUCACGGCAGGGCAGCAACAGGCUUCUUCUUCAGUUUUGACAUCUGCGUCUUUGGCAGCAGCUCUAGGUACAGUGAACGCGGCCAACCCUUCGGACGUUGGUGGGCUAGCAUCGGGGACGACCAGUUCCCUAUUGGCAAACGUUUUGAGAAGUGGCAACCUUAGCACAGCAGAUGCGUCUCAGUUGGCUUCAGCAAUAGCUGCUUCGUCUACGGCCCAAGCAUCAAAUCAUCCUUCCGCUUCUGCAUUUGCCCUGACGUCGGCUUUGGCGGCAAGUGGCACCUCCAUCAACGUUGGCCAAACUCCAGCUACAAACGCUACAAACCCCAACUUCUCCUAUUUGGCAGCUCCCGUUCAAAGAGACUUUGGUGGCUCCAUGGCUGCCACUUCUACAGCAACGGCAGCGCCCGAUGUGCGACAAGUACCCGCAGCCAGCUUUUUCUCGUCCUUCUCACAGUCCUUGCAAUUGCCACAGCAGCAACAGCAUCAAGCGAGUGUUCAGCAGCAACAGCCCAAUGUUCAGCAGCAGCAGCAGCAGCCCAAUGUUCAGCAGCAACAGCAACAACAACUGCCACAACCCGAUUCGUCGUCGUCAGAAAGUUCCGAUGAAGAAAGCGACGCUUAG